AUGAGAACUUCCAUCAUGGGCUCGACGACGGACAGGUCUGUCCUUCUCAUAGUAGCAUUCGCAAUUGCUCUGAUUGGUCAAGCUACUGCCCGUAUUCUCAACGAGGAUGUUCCGCUGCCCGACGCAUGCGCUCUCCUGCCGGAGCACUCCGCCCUGUGCUCCGCGGAAGUCCUCUCCGCGCGCCGUUCUCUGCGCGCGGAUUCCGCUCCGCCAACUCUUCGCGAAAUACAGCGGGCGCUCAUUCGGCGCGCAAUGGAGCGCGCGCAGGCAACGAUGGAACACGUGGCGCAGCUGAAGGCGGAAAGCGCGGACGAAAGCUCGCUCACGCACGCGGCGGCGGUUGACUGCGUUCACCAGAUAUCCAUGGCGCUCGACAAUCUCGAGAAUUCGCUAGACGCCGUCACUGCCGCAAUCAACGGUUCACAAGCCACCCCGAAGAGCCUGCAUUCCGACGGCCGUCCGAUGUUUCCGGCCGAUCUGACGGCUUCCGUUGACGACCUGCCGUACCUGCUGACGUCAGCUCGGGCCAACAUCGACGGCUGUGUCGAGGGGCUGCAAGAAUUCGCGCCAGAUGCGCUGGACACGGCGCCGGGUAUUCAACUUCAAUCGGAAGUCACGCUCAUUACAGUCACAGUCACUGCAGCCCACGCGUGCGUCCCGUGCGCAAUCGACGACGAGCUUUCCGCCUCAGCAGGCGGAGAUUCUUCCGCGGAUUACUCCGUCGACAAUUCCGCCGACGCUUACGAGUACGACUACGCCUCGUCCCCUAGCCGCCGAAUCACAACGGAAACGGACCAAUCAGGCGACAGCGGCGCGCCUGGGUGGGUAACUCCGGGGAUUUUCGAGCACCUGAAGCGCAUUCAGGCGGUGCACAUGUGCGGCGGAGACGCGGGGGUCGCGCCGGACGCGCGGAGACUCCUUGGCUCGGAAGGCGCAGAGAGAGGGGACGAUGCGGGGGAAGCAGCGGCGCAGAGUGACUCUAUCCGGCGCCGCCUGACGGGCGAGGGCAUGGAUUCCGCUUAUAGCGGGGACGCGGUUGAUUCGCGCGAAUCCGGCGACACGCUUCGGAGGGGGCUUCAAAGCAGCAGCAACGGGAAGCUUAGCCAAAUCGGCGGGAGCUCCAGCGUAAAAGUGGGAGGGACUUUGGAUACGAGCGGCUUUAACGGCCAAUACAACAGCCUGCUGCCGCCCCGGAUAAAUGCGAUCGUUGCAAAGGAUGGCUCCGGCACGCACAAGACGCUCAAGGCUGCGAUUGCUUCUGCACCAUCGAAAGGCACUUUCGUUAUAUUCAUCAAGGCAGGAGUGUACACCGAGCAAAUACUCUUUGAUAACCAGGGGAUCGUUUUGGUGGGAGAGGGAAUGGGCAAGACAAUCAUCACUAACAACAAAAAUGUGGUUGGCGGAUCCACUACGUUCAACUCUGCUACUAUUGGUGCCAACAAGGGCAUGUUCACCGCCCUCGGAAUCACCGUGCGCAACACAGCAGGGGUAGUGGGCCAGCAGGCAGUAGCCCUUCGCUCCGAAGACCUCUCAGCCUUCUUCGAGUGCGAGUUUGACGGCAACCAGGACACACUUUACCCGCACAGCGGGCGGCAGUACUUCCGCAACUGCAAAGUGGGCGGUACGGUGGAUUUUAUCUUCGGGAAAGGCGCGGCUGUGUUCGACCGCCCGCAGAUCAGGCUUCAUAAGGACGAUCCGGUGAUUAUCACGGCGCCACAGAACGACCCCACGUAUCCCGAGCCAAAGGGGAUCAUUAUCAGGAAUGCGGUGAUUACUGCUGAUGCGGGGGUGGGGAAGGCGUACCUGGGAAGGCCGUGGACCAACACGGGCAAGGCGAUUUUCAUAAACUGCUUCCUGCCUAAGGAAAUCCAACCGGAAGGGUGGACGACGUGGGACACGGACACAGUGAGGCUCGCGAGGAAGAACGGCGUCUAUUUCGCCGAAUUCCAGAGCACGGGGCCCGGAGCGCGCAUGCCGCGCGCCAGCUGGGUGUUUCCGCAGACGAUUGUCAACCCUGGGCGAUUCACGGCCGAGAAAUUCCUUGGCUGGACGCGCAAAGGCUGGGCGGGGAUAGGGGCGUGA